AUGUUUGUGUAUGACGGGCCGGACCGGUCGGCGCCGCCCCUGGGCGAGCCCGUCUGCGGCAUGGACCUACCCGAGCCACUCGUCUCCUCCUCCAACGAGGUGCUGGUCCACUUCGUCAACCGACCGCGCUACUCGGGCUCGCGCUUCAAGCUGCGCUGGCAGCAGCUGAGCCAGCGGCCUCCGCCCGGAGACGUUGCGCAGUCCGGGUUUCAGCUGCGCGUCAACACCGUCGACCUCUUCAACUACUUCCAGUGCACCUCGGACAACAUCACCGUCUACGACGGUCACCAGGGGACCGCUAACUGGGUCCCGCUGGCAACACUCUGCCGCCGCUCUGAAGGCGGCACGACCCUGGCGGCUAGCGGGAGCCUGCUGAAGCUCGAGUUCGCCGCGAUGCCCUUCUACCGGCGUCACACGCAGGCCGGCUUCAACGUUACCGUCGAUACGGUGUGCGGCGGCUUCCUGACCGACCCGAAUGGGGUGGUGAGCAGCCCCGGCUUCCCGGCACGACACGAGGGCAGGCUGACCUGCGAGUGGACGCUGCUCGUGAGACCCGGCCGCACCAUCCUGGCCGAGAUCACCGACCUCGACAUCCCCGGAGACUCGUCAUGUCCCAACGGAUACGUUGUGGUGAGGCGACCGCCCACCAAGACCACCUCCGGCAACGCCGCCUUCAUCAACUACUACACCAACGCCACCGAGCCGCGCAUGGGCUUCAAGGCGCGUGUGUCCAUCGCAACCUGUGGUGGUACCUACUACGGCAGAAGGGGCUCGUUGACAAUAUCAAGAAAUGCAUACACCACAAACAGGAACUGCAGCUACCACAUCAUGGGACCCUCGGGCCACUAUAUGCGUCUGUGGUUCCGAACACUGGACCUUGAGAGCAGUCCCAACUGCACCAGGGACUACGUCGAGAUGCGCGACUUCAACAGCACAGGCAAGGCCAUACCUCCUGAAGACUGUCAGCAGUGGGUGCCCGAGGGGCGCCGCAUUCGCCUGGAGACCGCGGACUGGCAGCUGCCGCCGGCGGCGCGCAGCGCGCGCGGCUGCCGCUCUUGGCUGACGGUUCGUGUUGGAUGGAAUAGGCGCCUCGUCUCCCAUCUGAACUUCACGGAGAGCGCCUACUUCUACUGUGCGCCGGACGCACCUCCUGUGAUCAACUCCACCGGCAAUCAGAUGACCAUCAUCUUCUCUUCGCGCGUCGGCAGCACCUCGGCGAGAGGGUUUCGGAUGCGCUACUCGUCGAACGAGCCGGCCUGUGAGUAUCGCAGCUGCAGCUCGCGGAUGCGCCAGCCGGCCUGUGAGUGUCACAGAUGCAGUACGCUGAGACACUCGCAGGCCGGCUGCAGUCCGCCGGGUGCGCCAGCCGGCCUUACCCGCUGGCCGUUCGGAAGCCCUGCAGAGUGUCGCUGGCAGCUGACCCUGCCCAGCGUGGCCAACGCCAGCACGCUCGUCACCUUCAACGCCUUCUCGCUGCCCGACUUUGGCGAAUGUUUGCAUCUGAGUCUCCGCGUGAAGCCAGGAGAGCCCUGGACAUCAUUCUUCAGCCUGACGUAUGCCGUGAAGCCGUGCGGAGGCCUGGUCAGCGGACCGGGGCAGCGCAUCUACUCGCCCGGCUAUCCGUCUGACUACCCCAACGGCAUGGACUGCGCCUGGCUGGUCGAGUUCGAGCACCAGCAGACGGCUCGGAUCACCUAA